UGCGCACGCUGGCUGCCAACUCGUCUCCUCUGUGGUUUACUUUAAAGAAGCAAUGAAGGACACACUUUUACUGCUGUUUCUGCUGUGUGCCCAAACUAUCAAGGUCUGCUCUACACCCUACAAGAGUGAAAAUGGACAGUGUCACAAUGACACAGAGUACAAUCACAAUGGCCUGUGCUGUACAAAGUGUCGCCCUGGCUAUCGAGGAGACACACGUUGCACUGAAACUACCGAUACUGUGUGCACACCAUGUCCUCCGGAUCAGUAUCGGGAGAACUUUAACUUCUAUCCAAACUGUAAUAGCUGUCAAAAAUGCAAAGAAGAAAAAGGUUUACAGUAUGCACAGAACUGCUCCUCUACAACACCGUCCAAGUGUAUUUGCAGACCUGGGAGGUUCUGCCUCAUGGGAUAUGACAAUCCAUACUGCUCAGACUGUAGAAAAUACAAACAAUGCAAACCUGGCUUUGGAGUGUCUGUAAAAGGCACACCAAAUUCAGAUGUGAAGUGUAAACAAUGUCCCAAAGGCACGUUCUCUGACAAAGCCUCCUUCAUUGACCCCUGCCAGCCCCACACAGACUGCAAUGGGAGGGCUGUUCUUAGAGAAGGCGAUACUAAAUCAGACAAUGUGUGUGAACUGUACUCACAGUUGACAACAGCUGACAAUCACAAGAAGAGUGUCGGUACAACUCCAAGCACAAGCACGACCACAGUUGCACCAAGCUCAGGCUCGACGUCUCUGCUAAGAAGCACCACACAGUCUGCCUCAGUUUCAGAAGAACCCUCCACCUAUUUAAUAACAAGCCUACUGACCCCACCACCUGACAGCAAAUAUGUUGGAUUAAUUGCUUCUGUCACUGGAUUCCUUGUCAUCAUCAUCCCCAUCCUCAUCCUUUUUCUGCUAUGUUAUUAUCAAAAAAUCUGCAAGAAAGACACUGCAAGUUUAUCUCCUAAGGUGGAUGCAAACGGAAACUGUGAGACUGCUGACGAAAAAUACACUGGGAAAACUCAGCUGGCUUUAUUCAAAGUUGCAUCACAAGAAAAUGAGUGCCUGCUAGAAAAAGGGGAAGCCAGCAGUGACCACAGUCACUGCACAACCAAUACCGAAACUUUAACUAGAACUGAUGGUUGCAGCAGCCAGGAAUCCAUCAGCCCUUUACAUUCCACUUUUGCUCUUGACAAUCCAUUGUCUGUUCUGUCCGAGCCCAUGACUUUACACUCCAACAUAGAAUCUGCUGCAUCACAGCCCAGUAUCCAAACACAGACGUCCUCUCAGCCCAGCAGCCCUCAGAUCAUCACGCCCAUGACUACCAGCCCACACGUCAACGUUAACAUCACUUUGCACAUAGGAAACGGGUCCUGUGGGACACCAGCUUUCAUACCCGCUGACUUGAUAAAACCUGACUGUAAGCUCCCCUAUGGAGAGGAAGAGGAGUCCUUUAGCACCCCACAGCAAGAAGAUGGCAAACAGUCACUAAUGUCAGUGCCGGAGAGUUCCAAUUACUGCACCGAGCACACAAAGCAAGACUCAUAUGCAUGAAAGACUGAUGUUAAGGUACACAACUAUUUCCGCUUUGAAGACAGAAACUGUUACUUAUUGUUAAUAUUUGUAUAUAUGUGUAUAUAUAAAUAUAUAUAAGCCGUGCUGGAAAUAAAAAUGUAAAU